AGGACCGGCCAAAGUCCAAACUACCUCCAGCAGUCUCUUCCUCUUAACACACAUACCAUUCCUAUAAACCCCUUCUUCCAUCACCAUCUCCAACAACCUCACAUUCUCUCUUUGACCAUCUCCACAUUCUCUACAAUGGAGCUCAGAACUUCUAAUUCCAGAUUAGGACGUAGCACAAGCAACUCCGUUGUCGAAGUCUUGUACCGAGACACCAGCACUAAAUCAGUAACUACCAGCCCCGAGCGCACCAAGGUCUGGACUCAACCACCCUCUAAACAUCACUCUAGUAAAGUCCCUGUUGUCUAUUACUUGUCUCGCAAUGGCCAGCUUGAGCACCCUCAUUUCAUUGAAGUCCCUCUCUCUUCUUCUUCCUCUGGCCUUUAUCUCCGAGAUGUAAUCGAUCGGCUGAAUUCUCUCCGGGGAAAGUCUAUGGCCACAAUGUAUUCCUGGUCUUCCAAACGGAGCUACAAGAAUGGAUAUGUGUGGAACGAUUUGGCGGAAAAUGAUUUUAUCUAUCCAACACACGGGAAUGAAUACAUUCUCAAGGGAUCAGAGCUUCUGGAGCCUGCAAAACUGGAAGAAUCAAUGAAUUCCACCUCAAAACAACUAGAAAUUUCAAAAUCGGCUGACGAUUCUGAUGAUUCACCGGCGAUUACUCGCCGGAGAAAUCAGUCUUGGAGCUCAAUUGAUCUCCAAGAGUACAAAGUAAUCUAUAAGGCGGAGUCAAGCGGUGAGUUAUCGAGUCAAGCCGCCAACGCGUCGACUCAGACGGAGGAGAGACGACGCCGUCGCAAAGCGAGAAAUGAAAUCACCGACUCCGGGUUGACUCGGGAGCCAGCCGAGUCAACCGAGUCGACUCGGGAGAUUACUGAGUUGACUCGUGACGAGUUCUCUCCCCCAGGGUCAGAAUCGAGUACGGAGACGCUUGAAACGUUAAUGAAAGGCGAUGGUAAAAUGAUCAAAAGUGUUGGAGGGAGAGAUGAUCUGACGGCUAAUAAUCAAUCUAGUGGAAGGAUGAAAGCGUCAACGGUCCUGAUGCAAUUGCUAACGUGCGGUUCGAUUUCGUUUAAAAAUUGUGAAGAUCAUCCGGGUUUGUCGCUGGUGACGUCACAGUAUAAGCGUGGAUUGCCACGUGGAGGAGAGGGGACUCCGGUGGGCAAGAGCGCAGGGGAGAAUAGCGUGGGCAAGAAGAAUAAGGGCGUGUUUGGGAGUUUAGGUAGAGGGAAGGUGAAGAUAAGUGAGGAUAGGGAGUAUUUUAGUGGGAGUUUAGUAGACGAAACAAACAAGACCGAAGUUCCAGCUUUGAAGAGGUCUUCUUCUUACAAUGCAGAUAGAAGGGGUUAAAAUGGUCCUAGCACAGAUUUUGUUGUGAGAUUAGUCUUGUUAUUUUGGGAUUUAAAUGUGUAAUUCAGAUUAGCAAAUUACUUGCAAUGAACUUUCUCUGUAAGAUGUUGCUAGGAAUGUCAAAUUUUAGAACUAAUUUUUUCUAA